AUGCUGGAGCGCAACAGCGAUAUUGCUAUUACAUUAUGGGAUGUUAUUGUAUUAUGGGAUAUUGUUAGCAAAAUAGGAACGAAGCGGCUGUACUCGAAGCUACGUGGCGGAGACAGUGGCUUCGAUCGAGGUACGACCAUCGAUGUUAUAGUCGGGUCAAAACGACGUGAAGCAUGGUGCAUUUGCGUACGCGCUCGAAACAGCGCAAUGGAUUUAGCAGUUGGAACCGAUGUGGGACCAUCGCAAACAGCAGCGAUGGGUGGUGCCAACAAGGGUUCCAUCACGCUCCUAGCCACUACGGCUAAUCUUCGACAUAUUGAAUUGGUCGUAACGGAAGAGUGCCCAAAGCAAUACGAAGGUUAUAAAGGAAAUGAAGUUGCCUCCUACGGUCUCUUAGUGCUCAACACGAUGUCAUCCUGUUAA